AUGGCGGAGGAUUGGCAAGCGCGCUGCCUCAAGGCCGAGGCGGACCUCAAGGAGCUGGACGAAAGCUUCAACUUGCUUGAGCAGGAGCUUGAUACUGAGAUUACGCAGCUCAAGCAACAACUCAAGGAUGAGCGUCAGCAACGCGCCAAGUACGAGCGACUGGCAGAUGAGGCAUCGCUGGUGGAUUGUUGCUUUCUAUCCAUGGACAGUGGCAUCGGUUUCCUCACACGGCGCUCCUGUGCGCGCAAGAGACAGAGCAAAGGUGGUGCCGAGAGCAAUGCCUUGCGCCAGGAAAACUCAAAAUUGAUGGAGCAACUCGCGCAAAGUGAAGCCGAGACUGAAAAGCUCCGUGCACGCGUGCGUGAGCUGGAACAGUCGACCGAGCACGCAGAGCAGCAGUGCCGACAAUUGGAAAUGUCCAAGGAAAAUUUGGAGGACCAGGUCCAGGACCAGCUUGAGCAAGUGGCCAUGGUGCGCUCCGACCUAGAAGAGCGCGAUGAAAUCAUUCAGCGAUUGCAAGACGACAACAAGGAUCUUCUGGCUGAGCUUUCCGUGGCCAAGACCAAGCUGGAGGACUUGGCCAACAGCAUGUCUGCGCCGAACGAGGCUACGGCCGCUGAACCCCAGGCCGAGGGUGGCUUGACGCGACUGCAGGCCCUGACGUACUGCCUCACGCUGUCCUCCCGCCUCUUGCACCUCGAGUCACGGCUGCCCGCCUUGGCUUCGGCGUAG